UCCGUUUCCAAGGAAGAAGCCGAGCGACGUCUGCACUCUGAAACUUACUGAAGUCUUCUCAAACUGAGGAUUUGCCAUUUUUUUCACAUUUGAACACCCUCGUAUGGAUUAAUUUUGUUAAAGGAAUAAGUUUUGUUUGCCGUUGAAAGUGGCUGACUGCAGCCUGGAUCCCCAUGUCCUGUCCCUUGAGUGCCACUGGGCCCGCUGAGCCAGUCGGCGUAUCCGCGCCUCGCUGCAGCUGAAGCAGGCGGACGGCGUCUGGGUGGAGGCGGGCCGCCGGUGGGCCCAGAGCCCCGAUAGCAGGCGAAGAGGCCUGUCCUGUCCCGAGCCAGACAAAAAUGAACAAACUGACCUUCCACAAUAACAAAGCCAUGCAGGACCGCCGCUGUGUCUGUGUCUUUCUGCCCAAUGAUGAUACGCUCAAUGUCAUCGUCAAUGUGAAGACUCUGUGCCAGGAAUUGUUGGUGCAGGUGUGUGACCUUCUCAGACUGAAGGACUGCCACUUGUUUGGACUCAGCGUUAUCCAAAAUAAUGAACACAUCUAUAUGGAGCUGGAUCAGAAACUGUCCAAGUACUGCCCCAAAGAAUGGAAGAGAGAAGCCAGCAAGGGCAUUGACCAGUUCGGCCCUCCGAUGAUCAUUCACUUCAGAGCUCAGUAUUAUGUUGAGAACGGGAGGCUGAUAAGUGACCGGGCAGCCAGGUACUACUACUACUGGCACUUGAGGAAACAGGUGCUGCUCUCUCAGUGUAUUCAAAGGGAAGAGGCCUACUUCCUCCUGGCAGCCUUCGCUCUGCAGGCCGACCUCGGCAACUUCAAACGCAACAAGCACUUUGGGAAGUACUUUGAACCCGAGGCCUACUUCCCUCCGUGGGUGAUAGCAAAGCGAGGCCGCGAAUACAUCCUGAGGCAUAUACCAAACAUGCACAAGGAUCAGUUCGCCCUCACCGCCUCAGAGGCUCACCUCAAGUACAUCAAGGAGUGCGCACAGCUGGAUGACGUUACAGUCCACUACUACAGACUCUACAAGGACAAGAAGGAAGUUGAAGCCUCUCUUACUUUGGGCCUGACAUUACGCGGUAUCCAGAUAUUUCAGAACGUGGGCUCCGUGAGGCAGCUGCUGUACGACUUCCCCUGGACCAACGUGGGAAAACUGGUAUUUGUGGGGAAGAAGUUUGAAAUCCUUCCUGACGGCCUGCCCUCAGCUCGCAAACUCAUCUACUACACCGGCUGUCCCAUGCGCUCCCGCCACCUCCUGCAGCUGCUCAGCAACAGCCACCGGCUCUACAUGAACCUGCAGCCCGUUCUCAAACAAGUCCGUCGGCUCGAGGAAAACGAAGAGAAGAAGCAGUACCGCGAGUCGUACAUCAGCGACGCUCUGGAACUGGACAUGGAUCAUCUGGACAAGCGGUCCCGAGCCAGCGGCAGCAGCGCCGGCAGCGUCUCCCACCACAAGCGCCUGUCCCGCCACUCCACCACCAGCCACGGCAGCUCCCACACCUCCGGCAUCGAGACGGACAGCUUCAGGGCCCCGGGUCAGGCCCCGCACCGGCCCCUGCGGACCUGCAGCUCCUCCACCACCAGCCACGGGAGCUCGCACACCUCCGGCAUCGAGAGCAGCGGCAAGGAGCGCAUCCUGGACGACGACGAGAUCGAGAUGCUGGUCGACGACCCCAAAGACUACGAGGAGCUUCACGAGAUGGCUCUGGAUCAGGAGCUGUGCAUCCACAUCACUGAGGACAUGCUGACCAUGUCGCCCGAUCAGACCAACGGAUACUCAGGACUGAUAGUGAAAGACGUCAGCUCCUCCACGUCCAGCUCCUCCGAGACAGUCGUCAAGAUGAGAGGACAGAGCAUCGAGUCUCUGCCGCAGACGUCGGCCUGCAGGAAGCCCCAGUCCUCCACCGACCGCCACAGCCAGUCGCUGGACGACAUCCGGCUCUACCAGAAGGACUGCCUGCAGUGGGCGGAGCUCUGCCAGGACACCGCCCACAGCUACACGUUCGGCUGCGCCCAGGAGCUGAGCGACGGCGGCGGCGGCGGCGGCGGCUACCAGGGCCUGGCCGAGCAGCGCGCCGGCAUGCUGGGCGAGCAGCACCCCUUCCCCAUCAAGAGAGCCAACAAGUACUUCUCCCUGGACCUGACCAGCGACGAGGUCCCCGAGUUCGUGGUGUGA